AGACCCUUCUGAUUUAUUGGAACGAGUGAAAAAAAUCAGUCAAUCGGCAUCAUUAAUUGGUAGCUUGGUAGCUUCCAGAGUCGAGGACGCGCUUCGAGUUUCGCUCGAUCGCUCGCUCGGUCGAGCCCGUCGCAAGCACCUGACCCGCUUUCCGCACCGGGUUAGGGAAGAUCCCAUCUCGAGAAGAAUCCUCAUCGCUUCUUGCCAGCCAGACAUCACUGGUCCCUGAGAUGUACUACAGAGCACAUCCAGAGUCAUCUCGCAGCUAGCCUAGCUACGUUCCGUAGUCGUCACGGCUCACUGCGAGCCUUCGACUGAGGUCUACAAAGGGUCGCUUCGGCUUCCCUUUGCUCUGAUGCCCUACAGAGAGCCCAUCCGCACCGUCCGCGAGCGACCUCCAUCUCCACCUCAUAGGAACAUCUCCCAGUCCUCUAGUCAUACCACUUCGUCGACGUCGUCUCUCGAGGCUGCUCCUAUACGUCCCCCACCGAUCCAGACGCGGACGGCGGCGACGAACGAUGCGCAGCUACCUCCUCAAGAUGACAUUGAGCGACAAGAACGGGAGAUCAGGAGAAACUCGAACGCUCGAGCUAGGGAUAGGAACGAAAGGGAAGAAUCCAGAAGUCCAGUAACACCUAGGCCUGACAAGUACUCUUUCAACCAUCCGAGAGACACGUUCGGAAGUCCUCGUUAUGGUACGGCACAACAGUACCACCAUCCCGCUCCGAUCCACCUCUUGCCGCUAGAACUCCGGCCCUCUGCUUCGGGUCCCGACUUGGCGUCUCUCAGGCAACAGAUGAUGGCUGGCGAAUCGGCUUUAGCAGAGGAAGACGAUCACUCGCCCGAGUCUCCUACCAAGAGUUCGUCAGGAAGGCUAGGCACGAUGGAGACGAUCAUGAGCUCGACUUCGAUCACGCCGAAGAAGCAUCGAGCGAGGAGUUCUUCUGGACAAGCUCCCGGAGCGGGGAUGAACUCGAAGGUGGCGGCUACUGGAGGAGGUGGGCUGGUUGCUGGAUCGAACGCCAGUCAGGGAGGAGGUUCUGGGCGAGGUGAUGUAAGGAAGGUCGUCGGGUUGCAGGAUUUCACUUUUGGCGAGAUGAUCGGGCGGGGCAGCUAUAGUACCGUCGUCUUGGCCCGUCAGAAUGCCACAAGCAUACCCUAUGCGAUCAAGAUCCUUGAUCAGGCUCACCUUAUUCAGCAGAAAAAGACCAAGUACGCUAAGGUCGAGCGGGAUGCCCUGGUCCGACUUGGGCCUCAGGUACGAUCGAACGGCAAUCGAGGAUCGACCAUGAGCAUCAUGAGCAACCCCGCAAGUAUGGGUCAUCGGAGGAGAGAAAGCGGACAUUCACUUGCGAGCAGUAGCGCUGGAGGCAGCAUCUCGGGGACCUUGUUAGCAGCCGGGACGGAUCCUGGUAAGCCCAGGAGACGACGAGAGAGCAACGAAGGCGGAUGGAAUGUGCCUGGUAGGAGGACCUCGACCUUUCAAGGAUCGGUGCAGGGGUCUAGUUACGGGAGGAGCUACGGGACCCCGACGACACCUACAAUGAACCUUGAGCAAACGCCUUCGCCACCUUCGAAUUCGAACGAUCAAGCAGUCGAGGAGCAGGAAGAACAGCUGAUACACAAGGAAGAUCGUCAGCGAACAAUCAAGCCCGACUUGCCUCGGCUUGCUAUCCCGCCUUCCCCUAAGCUGACGGGUAAAGAUGUCGGUGGACAGCCUUGGUCGCCAUCGACAGUCUCGACCAGUCCGUCAGAGGGCACUAUCAUAGCAGGUCGGGGAUCGUCAGAGUUGCCAGAUUCCGGCAGACCCGUGCUGCGGAAACGCAAACGAGCUAGUCACCCGGGAGUCAUCAAACUGCAUUACACUUUCAAAGACCACACCAGUCUCUACUUCGUGUUGGACCUAGCUAUCAAUGGAGAACUUCUCGAUCUCGUGCGCAAGCACGGCUCCUUUGAUAUCGACUCGGCGAGGCGAUACGGGGCUCAGAUCAUCGAUACUAUCGAUUUCAUGCAUGAACGUGGAGUUAUUCACCGCGAUCUCAAACCUGAGAACAUCUUGCUUGAUGACGACUGGCGGAUCAAGAUCACAGAUUUUGGUAGCGCCAAAGUGGUUGACCCUAUCACUCUUGAGCCGGUCGAGCUGCCCGAAGCGGAAGGCAAGAAACGGUCGUUCGUUGGGACUGCUGAAUAUGUAUCUCCCGAAGUGCUUCGAAAUGAGCAUGCUAGUGUACAAUCGGAUAUCUGGGCAUUUGGCUGCAUCUUGUUCCAGAUGAUAGCCGGUAGACCGCCUUUCCGUGGCGCUACAGAGUACCUCACCUUCCAAAAGGUCCUGGCAUGCGAAUACGAAUUUCCGGAUCGAUUCGAUCCUCUUGCAAAGGCAUUGAUCGAGAGGAUCCUUAAGCUUGAUCCUGCUGAUCGUCCGACGGUUGACUCCAUCCGGGACGACCCUUUCUUCAGCUCGAUUAACUUUAGUAACAUCUGGACCGACCACAUACCGGAUAUCAAGACAGGUAUCGCCCCGCCAGUCAAGAUGGUUCAACAAGCACUCGACUUCACCGAUGCAUUCGAUACAACUGAGAGCGACGAGGAGCGCAACGAGAUUGAUCUCGCAGAUGAAGCGGAUCAGGGAUUGACCAGCUCUAGGCCGGGCUUUGAAAGGGCUACAUCGAGGUCGAGUCCCACCGCCGAGCUCAAGCUGCCUUUCCCGGACCAUCUUGUCUCUGGUCCGGAACACCUUCGGGAGCCUCAGCGGAAAUGGAUCGAGGCCGGUGGGAACACGUUCUCAAGCACAGAGACGUUCGAAGAGGCGGCACGGGCCAAGUCGCGAUCUACGGUUUCGGGGCCGACAGAGAAAGAAGGCGGUUUGACACGCAAGCUCACACAUCAGUGGGAGCAGGAGGAGAGGCGGAAGCUAUGGGCUCAGCAUCUGGAGGACGGCGAACAGAUUGUCUAUCAAUCGCCCGUUCUCACUCGGGCGGGAAUCUUCCUGCCUAAACGUCGUACUUUGGUCCUGACCAAUCAUCAUCGCUUGAUAUGCGUGAAGGAAGACGCCGUAAAGAGUCGGAUCAAGGUCGAGAGCGAGUGUUUCGUGGUGCGAAAUACUGCUUCGUCGGAUUCGCCUGAUUCGCAAAACCCGGCUAGGGAGAGGAGCCCACCUAGCAAGACCAAGACGAUUACCAAAGUUGUGGCCAAGGGACCUCGAGCGUUUCAAAUCCAGACGGCGGACAAAGAUUACACUUUCAUUGCAGACAGAGACGAUAUCAGAAGUCGGUGGUUGCAGGAGCUAUCAACAACAGGUUGAUCCGGGAGUCGAGGAGUGACAACACAUGAAGGAUCACGGACAUUACACAUUUCGAUAGGGAACAUAAGCUUUACAUCACGAAUCAAUCAUAUCGUCAACCUUUUCUCUUCAUACCUUUUUUGUUACGCACGAUGUACGAUUGGGUGGGAAUCUUGAAAUUAGCAUGGCGUGACACGGGCCGGAGCCUCUCGAUCGCACGCACGGGAGUAAAUUAGCUUCCGUUUCUCACCCAAAUGACGACGACGAUCAUUCGGGUUCUGAGAAGCUGGGACCCCGCCCGGAAGCCGGGGGAG